GGCUCGCAGUGGCGGGAGUUGGAGGCAAAACCGUGUCGCGCUGUGGAGGGCGCAAGCGGAGGCUCCGGCGGAACUUGGGGGCGAUCUCCUCGGCGUUCUCCUCAGCUGAGUCUUCUCCUCAGGACGAAAUGCUCUUCAACUCGGUGCUCCGCCAGCCGCAGCUCGGCGUCCUGAGGAACGGGUGGUCUUCACAUUAUCCUCUGCAAUCUCUCCUAAGUGGUUAUCAGUGCAGCUGUAACGAUGAGCACACAUCUUACGGAGAAACGGGAGUCCCAGUUCCUCCUUUUGGAUGCACCUUCUGUACUGCUCCCAGUAUGGAGCAUAUAUUAGCAGUUGCUAAUGAAGAAGGCUUUGUCAGAUUAUAUAAUACAGAAUCACAAACUAGCAAAAAGACAUGUUUCAAGGAGUGGAUGGCUCACUGGAAUGCUGUCUUUGACCUGGCCUGGGUCCCUGGUGAACUUAAACUUGUUACAGCGGCCGGUGAUCAGACAGCCAAAUUUUGGGAUGUAAAAGCUGGUGAGCUAAUGGGAACAUGCAAAGGCCACCAGUGCAGCCUCAAGUCUGUAGCUUUUUCCAAGUUUCAAAAAGCUGUGUUCUGUACUGGUGGGAGAGAUGGCAACAUUAUGAUCUGGGACACCAGGUGCAACAAAAAAGAUGGAUUUUAUAGACAAGUGAAUCAAAUCAGUGGCGCUCACAAUACUGCAGACAAGCAAACCCCUUCAAAACCCAAGAAGAAACAAAAUUCAAAAGGACUUGCUCCAUCUGUGGAUUCCCAGCAGAGUGUUACUGUGGUCCUCUUUCAGGAUGAGAAUACAGUAGUCUCAGCAGGAGCCGUGGAUGGAAUAAUCAAAGUAUGGGAUUUACGCAAGAAUUACACUGCUUAUCGACAAGAACCCAUAGCAUCCAAGUCUUUCCUGUACCCAGGUACCAGCACUAGAAAACUAGGAUACUCAAGUUUGGUUCUAGACUCUACUGGCUCUACUCUGUUUGCUAACUGCACAGAUGACAACAUCUAUAUGUUCAAUAUGACUGGCUUAAAGACUUCUCCACUGGCUGUCUUCAAUGGACACCAGAACUCUACCUUUUAUGUAAAAUCAAGUCUUAGUCCAGAUGACCAGUUUUUAAUCAGUGGUUCAAGUGAUGAAGCUGCCUACAUUUGGAAGGUUUCCAUGCCAUGGCAUCCUCCUACCGUACUCCUGGGUCAUUCUCAAGAAGUCACGUCUGUGUGCUGGUGUCCAUCAGACUUCACCAAGAUUGCAACCUGCUCUGAUGAUAAUACACUAAAAAUCUGGCGCUUGAACAGAGGCCUAGAGGAGAAACCAGAAGGUGAUAAACAUUCCAUAGUAGGUUGGACCUCUCAGAAGAAAAAGGAAGUGAAAACCGGCCCAGUAUCGGCACCAAAUAGCCUGAGCACCCCUGCCAAAGCCCCCAGGUCCCAGUGCAGCCCAUCUGCUUCCUCUCCUUCAUCAGCUCGUACUCCAAGCUGUGCGGGAGACCUCCCCCUUCCCUCAAAUACCCCCACCUUCUCAGUCAAAACCACUCCGGUCACGACCCGUUCUCCAGUCAGCAGAAGAGGUUCCAGCUCUUCUGUGUCUCCCAAGCCACCCUCAUCUUUCAAGAUGUCACUUAGAAACUGGGUGACCCGAACACCUUCCUCAUCACCACCUGUCACUCCACCUGCUUCUGAGACAAAGAUCUCAUCUCCAAGAAAAGCCCUUAUUCCUGUGAGCCAGAAGUCAUCACAAGCAGAUGCUUGCUCUGAAUCUAGAAAUAGAGUGAAGAGGCGUCUCGACUCGAGCUGUCUGGAGAGUGUGAAACAAAAGUGUGUGAAGAGUUGCAACUGUGUCACUGAGCUUGACGGCCAAGUGGAGAGUCUUCAUUUGGAUCUGUGCUGCCUUUCCGGCACCCAGGAAGUCCUUAGCCAAGAUUCUGCGGGUCCUACCAAAUCAAGCAAGACGGAAGGUACUGGCACGAGCAUCUCAGAGCCCCCUUCUCCUGUCAGUCCUUUUGCUUCUGAAGGCUGUGGACCACUGCCUCUUCCUUUGGGACCUUGUGGAGAAGGAUCUGAAAUGGUGGGCAAAGAGAAUAGCUCCCCAGAGAAUAAGAACUGGUUGUUGGCCAUGGCAGCCAAACACAAGGCGGAGAAUUCAUCCCCAAGAAGUCCAUCAUCCCAGACACCCAGUUCCAGAAGACAGAGUGGAAAGACGUCACCAGGCCCGGUCACCAUUACCCCCAACUCCAUGAGGAAGAUAUGCACAUAUUUUCGCAGAAAGACUCAAGAUGACUUCUGUAGUCCUGAACAUUCAACUGAGUUAUAAAUUCUAAUCUCAAAGUUUGAUGAACUUGGGUCUACAAAGAUUUUUUUAAAAGCCUUUAAAAUCUGGUCUUUAAGAAAAUGGUCAUGUUUUGAUUUUGGAAAAAAGUUCUAAUACUCUUUGGCAGACCUAGUCAAACCCCACUGUGUAUAGACACAGCAGCCUGGGUGAGUGCUGUCUCCAGUUCACGGGGCGGCUUGUCCUCUGCAGUCUGUGAUAACCACAUCCAGCUCAUGGAUGCAGAAAGCCAGACAAGCUUCUGUGGCUUUGGAGAGUGUCCGCUAGUCCAGCAUAGGGGCCUGUCUGUGAGGCCAGUCUGAAGUCAUCCUCUGCAGAAGGUAGAUGCCUUAAGCAAUCGUGAGCUUAUUUGAAAUACAUAAUUUGUUCACU